AUGAUAGAAAGUCUCAUCUACCUCACUGCAAGCAAACUAGACAUCUCCCUCAGUGUUGGUGUGUGUACUCGGUUUCAAGCAAAUCCCAAGGAAUCACAUUUAACUGCCAUCAAACGCAACAUCUGUUAUGAUAAUGAUACUGUGAAUUAUGGGAUUUGGUAUUCCAAGAACACCAACCUAAACUUGGCAGGUUAUUCUGAUGUUGACAGGGCAAGCUGUGUUGUUGAUAGGAGGAGUACCUCAGGUGGAUGUUUUUACGUGGGAACCAAUCUAGUGGCUUGGCUGAGCAUGAAACAGAACUCUAUCUCUCCACAGCAAUCUGCUAGCAGUUGCUGCACAUAUCUCCUAUGGAUGAAGAAGCUUUUGGCGGACUAUGGCCUUGAUCAAGAGAAAAUGGUGGUGUUUUGUGACAAUCAGAGUGUUUUAGGUUUUAGAUUGGCCUAG